UGGCUAAAGCAAAAAUACGCGCCACAUGUCGCGCUCGCAGUAAACACUUGGCUCUUUUUGAGUUAUUCGUGUUUGACAUGUUUACUUUUGUCUGUAUAAUGCGUGUCGCAUAAAAUAGCUUGUUAUAAGUACCUCGAAAACUAUUUUUUGUGUGAGUGAAAUUAAACAAUAACAUAAUGUGGCCGGUUCCUUAAUUUAACACAUCAUAUCGAAUCGUAGGUUACACUUCAUUUGAAGUGUUAGGGACGGAUAUAAUGGAUUGCGUUGCAACCGGAGGAAACGUGAAAGUUUUAGCAAAGGCCAUUCAUUCCCUGUCGAGGAUUGGAGAGGAGCUUUAUCUGGAGCCGGUGGAGGAUGGGUUGGCCUUGCGGUCAGUCAACUCUUCCCGGUCAGCGUUUGCCUGUUUCCUGCUCUCUCCUCUCUUCUUCCAGAGGUAUCAGACUUCAUCAGAUCAGAGCUUCCGCUGCAAGAUGCCCAUCAAGAGCGUGCAGUCUGUCUUCAAGUCCCUGUCGUCUCUGGAGCGAUCGGUAGAGAAAUGCCGUAUUCAGUUAAACAAUGAGAAAAGUCGUUUGACCAUAACUUUGCACUGUAAACAUGGGCUCCUAAAAACGCACAAUUUAUCCUUUCAGGACUGUGAAAGUUUGCAGGCUGUGUUUGACAAAGAGAGCUGUACCAAUGUGCUACAAGCUCAACCCAGGUUAAUGGUGGACACAGUUUUACAUUUCCCUCCAUCUCUGGAAGAGGUGAAUCUGUCAGUGUCCAAUGACCGCGUGUGGCUCAAAAAUCACGUAGAGGAUGAUGCAGAUUCAUCUCGUGCAAUGAUGACAGAACUGUGUUUGAGCUCGGAGGAGUUUGAUAAUUUCACUGUAAACAGCAAUACCAGUGUCACCUUCUGCCUUAAAGAGCUCAGAGGUUUGCUUGUGUUUGCCGAAUCGUCUGGGCUUCCAAUCUCUAUGUAUUUUGGAGAACCAGGCAGUCCAAUUAUCCUGAGUGUGACAGACAGUGUUUUGGAGGCUAACUUUGUUCUCGCUACGCUGUCGGAAGACUCGCACCAAAAGAACCACGUCAACACAAACAAAAAAACUCCAGAAGCAGAGCAAACGACAGACGACUUCAUGUGUGACGAUAUGGACUCGUUUCUCAUUGCCAUGGAGACAAGUGAACUACCAGGACCAUCACACGUACCUUCAUCCCCACCACACACCACCAAUAACAGAAAACAUCCAGUCAGUGAAGAUGAGGAAGAGGAGGAAGAGGCACUUACAGAUAGACCCCCCAACAAAAAAUUUUGUUCACUUUUUUUCGGUUCAGUUCUGCCCACUUCCUCUCAGCUGACCAAUCAGACGAUACAGACCCAGGAAGUGCUCGCAAGUGACAGUGAUAAUGAAGAUUCAUAAUGAAGACAUUGGAUCAACUUUGAACUGAGUGAUUGGAAACUCUCAUAACCAACCUCUCAACGACUGUUAAAAACAUUGAAGUCUUUCUGUUUUUAUUUUUCUAUUAAAAUAAUAAUGGUUUUUAACCAAAGCAGUGAAAAUAACAAGCCAUGUUAAAUCAUUGCACAGAAUUCUCAUUAAAUCCAUCUGCUGGACACUGA